AUGGCGGCGGGGCUGCUGCUGCUCGGCUCCGCCCUGCUGUGCGCGGCGCUGGGCAGCGCGGGCGCGGCGCUGAUCCCCCCCGCGCCCGACGUGAAGGUGGAGGUGCUGCACAAGCCUUUCCUCUGCCACCGGCGCACCAAGUGGGGGGACUUGAUGCUGGUUCACUACGAGGGCUUCUUGGAGAGGGACGGAUCCAUGUUUCACUCGACUCACAAGCACAACAAUGGUCAACCCAUGUGGUUUACACUUGGCAUCAGGGAAGCUCUCAAGGGCUGGGACAGAGGGCUGAAGGACAUGUGUGUGGGAGAGAAACGGAAGCUGACCAUUCCACCAGCCCUUGCUUAUGGAAAAGAAGGGAAAGGAAAAAUUCCACCUGAGAGCACAUUGAUUUUCAACAUUGACCUUCUAGAAAUAAGAAAUGGACCAAGGUCUCAUGAGUCAUUCCAAGAGAUGGAUCUUAAUGAUGAUUGGAAACUAUCCAAGCAAGAGGUGAAAAUUUACUUGAAGAAAGAAUUUGAAAAGCAUGGAGCAGUGGUAAAUGACACCCAGCAUGAUGCUUUGGUCGAAGACAUAUUUGAUAAGGAGGAUGAAGACAGUGACGGGUUUAUAUCUGCAAGGGAAUUCACGUACAAGCAUGAUGAGCUGUAGAAAGAAAAGAGUGGCAUAACUUUUUUGGACACAAAUAGCAGUGACUUAGACUGUCUGGUUCUCCUGUCAUCUUAAUUCUGUGCUUUGGAAUUGACAAUUGCUGUUGGCAAAGAAACACUUUGUUUAUAUAAAAGAGAAUUUCUGUUCUUUAUGUACAAAUGUUUUAAACUGUUUUAAAGUGUGAAAAUGUUCCUCCUCUUACACAGCGAAGACUUGCACAUCAGUGUUUUUAAAGUUUUGUAUUAAAUUAUUUUUCAGAAAUGAAACAAACUUUCCAUUUAUCAUUCAUUAUGAAAAUCAAAAUCCAGUUCAGUGACUUUCUGUGAAUUGUGUGCCAAGAUCACUUUCAGCAGCUACCUUACAUAUUACUUGUAGUCUGUGGUUUAAUUACUUGACCUUCCUUCUUGAGUGUCACUGCUUAAAAAGCAGUUUGCUGACCUUUGGUUUUUUCCUGCAGAUUUUCAAAAGAUGUAGUAGAAGGCAUCAGCGUCUCUGUAUGGCUGAGAAACUGAUACAAAGCUGAAUGAGAGGAAUGAUUAUCAUGUGCUGAUUUUGCCCUUCUAAAGGGAAAGUGUUACCACCCCUGCCAAUAUUUGUCUGCAUUUUUCAUUAAAUUUUCUGAAGAAAGCAGGAGUUAAAUGUCAGACUUUCACUUCUACUGCCAGCAACAUUCUAGGAAACAUCUGUAAUUUGGAAAGCAGCAAGUUGUGCUGCAGUGCAGAGGUGCUGUCCUUUAAAUGUACAGACAUGUUUUGAAACUCAGACUUGGUAUUCAUCAGAAAAGCUCAUACCUUUGUCUCACAGUUUGAGGGGGAUCUUGAGCAGAAUGUUACACGUCUGAAGUUUUUCCUCUGCAGAAGAGAGUUUACUGACAGGAAGGUCAGUAUGGUCUGAAGAACAGUUUCUAUGGACUUGUCUGCAGCUAUGUAAGCAGCAGAACUUGUUUCAUUGCCUCUUUGCAGCAUUUUUCACAAGUAAUUUGAAUUUUCAAUUAAAAAGUGAAUUUUCAGAAAAAAAGGUGUUAAGGUAAGUGUUAUGGUGCUGUAUCUUUACAGAGGUGGAGAUCAUUAGGAUUUCAAACACAAAAUUGGAGUUGAAAGAUCUUUCUGGAGAACAGAUAUUGUACAAUUGUCCAUGGUUUCUUAAAUGAGAGGGCAAGGAAUCUCAGGGACAGAAUUUAUCCUGACAUCACUAACCUAUGGGUCUAUGAACACAGCAUUGCACUUGGAAAUCAUUGCCCAAAGCUAUGUAAGGAUGUAAAACAAAUCCAGUUGUAUGAAAGUGAGAUUGCUGCAUUGCACUAACCCUUAACUACUGCAGACUGCAUUCCAGGCUCUCAGUGCUGUAGGUGUGUUAGAUGUUUCCCUGCCAUCUAGUGUUGCAACUGGGGACUAGAGGACUGCUUCAUUGAACUGAGAUCAGGUGCAGAGGGGUGUGCAGAGACGCCUGUCAAUAGUGACGAGGGUUAUGCAGUGCUGGGAUGCUCUGUUUUGGUUUUCUUCCAGCAUCUGACAUUUUGUGGGUGAUGUUCUAAGAGAUAGGAAUUGCAACCAUGUAUUUUGUUUUCAGUAACCUUAGGUCUCUUUCCUGAGUGAUGCCAUCUGCUUUUCUUGACCCCAAUAAAACUUUUACUUCUAAUGCUGUGAGUUUCAGUAAAAUAGCAUAGGAAAAUGUUUCCCUUCUGUUUUAGGCUCAUUUCCUGCCCUUAUUCUUUUAUUGUGAAGAAAUCAUGAAUAGUCACUACCUAUUUAGCGAUUCUUACUGCUCAUGGUUCUGUCUAUUGAUAUUUUUUUUCUCAUCACUCACAAAAAAUCAAGCUUGCCUGACUGGUUUGCCCAAGGCAGGUUGCAUGUUCUGUGCUGGCUGUGUUGAUUUCCCCUGCAGUCACUGGAGCACUGGGCACCUGGGGCAGCUCACUGCACGUGUAUUUAUCUUGUGUUGAGAUAGCUGCCUUCCCAAACAGAGUCUUUGUUGACUGUGUAGGGAACUCAGACAAUUAUAGCCUAGUCCAAAGGAGUAUUACAGGAUAUGAAGUUGGUCUUUAAGCCAGUCUUGCCUAGAUGUGGGGAGGUACCCAACCAACUGAAGGAGAAAUUGUGUGUGCGCUGCUGGGAAGAGCAGAACUGAAGCUUUCAUUUGGUGUGAGAGGGUUUUAGAUCAUUGUUUGCAGUGUUUACAAUGUUCUCAAAACAUCUGGCUGGGGAAUGAAAGCAUAAAAGAAUGGAAUAAAAUUUGCCUUUGUUACUGACCUAAUAUAUUAAAAGUGUGACGGUGUUCAUAGGGGUCCCAGGAUGAGGGAAGAGACAAGAAUGUUGACUCCAUGUUUCAGAAGACUUGAUUUAUUAUUUUAGGAUAUAUAUUAUAUUAAAACUAUACUAAAAGAAUAGAAGAAAGGAUUUCAUCAGAAAGCUAGCUAAGAAUAGAAAAGGAAUGAUAACAAAGGCUUGUGACUGACCAAGACAGGCCAGACAGCUGGACUGUGAUUGGCCAUUAAUUAGAAACAACCACAUGAGACCAAUCACAGAUCCACCUGUGGCAUUCCACAGCAGCAGAUAACCAUUGUUUACAUUUUGUUCCUGAGGUCACUCAGCUUCUCAGGAGAAAAAAUCCUAAGGAAAGGAUUUUUCAGAAAAUAUCAUGGCUGCAGUUAAGAUUAAGUAAUGGGGUGCCAAUAUGUGACUCCAGUACGGGCCAGUUGUUUCUUUUGUAUUAAAUAGGAGUUUAUAGUCAGUGACUGCUGUGAAAUGUACAUAGGCAUAAUCUUCUGCUUGGAUUUUUAAAACAUUUCAUAAAAAUAACUUUCAGUGAACAUAACAGUUAUUUGUUAAUGCCAGUAGAGUGUUAAAGCUGCAAGACCAAGGUGCCUUAUUUGGUGUUGCAUGUAGGUUUAUGCCAAAUGAAAGUAUGUUUUUUCUUAGCAAUUUUUUUAAAGCUGUGUUAAAUUCUGAAAUUGAACUGAAAA